CUUUAAAAUUUAUUCUCCUUCUUCUUGUUUUUUUUCUACUGUUGUUUGUCGUUCACACAGCACAACAGUCAUAAAUACAGGGGUUGAUUGGCCGAAGCAGAAUUCAAGAAUUCAACAGAGACUAUUGCAAAAGGUCACAGUGUAUAUAGUGGCCUGUCAACUAGGUCACUUGAUUUUCGUGUUUGUUUGACAGGGAAAAAACGAUAGAGCGUAUAAUGGUGAGUUUGUGUGCAUUUUCAUGCUUUGGUGCCACAACAAAUCUUCAUCACCACCAGCAUCAUCAUCAAGAUGGGUUGGUGAGAAAUGUAACGUUUUUGGAAGCACAGAGAAGUGGUAACCGAAGAUUUUCAGGUAGUGUCACCCCAGUUAAAGUGCCGGUGAACCAAGCACAUUGUGCACCGAAGAGAAGCCAAUGCAAGAAAACCAUUGUUUUUCCCUCAAGAUUGUCAUCUUCAGCCAGCACUAAAACUGUGGCUGGCAGAACUUGCAAAGGAUACAGAGAGCACGGUGUUCUUGUCACUUUACAGGAUAGAAUUUCGACAAACCCUGAGAACGACAAUGUUUCCUCGAGUUUUAAGGACACUGUAUUCCAGCUGUUACAUUCGUUCUAUCAGUUUUCUCGUCCUCAUACUGUGAUUGGCACUCUUAUAGGGAUAACAUCAGUUUCUCUUCUACCAGUAGAAACAAUAUCUGAACUGUCUCCCACAUUUUUCAUGGGAUUGCUGAAGGCAUUGGUGCCAUCGGUGUUGAUGAACAUUUACGUGGUGGGGUUGAAUCAAUUAUUUGAUGUUGAAAUAGACAAGGUAAACAAACCUUAUCUCCCACUUGCUUCUGGCGAUUUCUCAAUGGGAACUGGUGUCGCAAUUGUUUCGGCAUCUUUGUUGGCAAGUUUUGCAAUGGGAAUCAUGUUUCAAUCCCCACUACUAUUUUCUGCCCUACUCAUAAGUUGUGUGCUCGGGAGUGUGUAUUCUAUAGAACUUCCUUUUCUCAGAUGGAAGAAGCAAGCAUUUCUUGCUGCAACUUGCAUCAUGAUCGUGAGGGCUAUUGUCGUUCAACUCGCUUUCUUUGUACACAUGCAGAAAUUUGUUCUUGGCAAAACAACAGUUGUGACAAGAUCAUUGGUGUUUGCAACUGCUUUCAUGUGCUUCUUUUCUGCUGUCAUUGCCCUAUUCAAGGAUAUACCUGACGUCGAUGGCGACCGAGAUUAUGGCAUUCAAUCCUUCAGUGUCAGCUUAGGUCAAGAAAGAGUCUUUUGGCUCUGUGUUAACAUGCUGCUAAUAGCAUAUGGAGCUGCUGUGGUUGUAGGAGCUUCGUCUACAUUCCUACCAAGCAAGUUCAUCACAAUAUUAGGCCAUUGUACUCUAGCUUUCAUUCUGUGGCUUCGAGCACGAUCGGUCGAUCUUACCAGCAAAGAUUCCAUAACUUCCUUCUACAUGUUCAUCUGGAAGUUAUUCUAUGCUGAGUACUUCCUCGUCCCGUUUGUUCGCUGAUCAGAAGACUCGGUCUGAAUUUCUUUUUGUACAAGAUAUAUUUUUCUGUUGUCCUUCAAAGAGAAGGUAGUGAUUUGAUGGUGAUGGUGAUGGACAGGAAGCGAAAACGAGCAUUCAAGCAUGCCUGUGUAGGCAAUGCUACGAUUUAGUUUCAGUUCAAAACAGAAAAAUCAAUACGAAUCAUGAGAUAAAUUAUGGUUGGCUUGUCCGAAUUAUGUGUUUUUAUGGGAAAAAAAAUUCUGUGACGAGGAGUU